AUGAUGGUCGGAAUGCGGUCUUCAAUCCUGACCUCUGUAUUCUUGCUUCUUCUCUCCGGACAAGUAUAUGAGGACAUUCAGUUAAUUCCCGUCGCCGGGCAGCUUCAAAAUGCUACCGUAGACCUUGAUGAUGGCGCGGAAAAUUCCACCCUCAACGUGCCACAACCGCUCUAUCGUCAUCUGAAGGCUGACAAGGAUGCGGAGCUCGGCUGCCCGGUGUCUGGUGAGCGUCAUACUGUAUCCAGCCCCGACUGCAACCUGAUCGGCCCAUUUCCGAAGGGGCAACUGUUCUUCCGCGAGCACAUCUCACCCGCCUACUUCAGUUACGUCUGCCCUGCCGGCCAGAUUUUCUGCAUGGAAAUGAACGGUCGAGGGCUGGUCGACGGUGACGUGGGCUGCUACGCACCACAAUUGACCACUUCAAAGGACGACUGUCGAUGCACCGACGGCUACCCAUGGACCCACAGUAACCCGGACUGCCACGCAUCCACCAAGCGCAUCGACCCGACCCGCGUCUUUUUCGGGGAACAAGCCAACGUUACGGUGUACUACGCCUGCGCCGAGGGUACGGUAUUCUGCGCGGGCGUAUACGAGACUGUUGCGGGCAUCCCGGUGCCCUUUCAAGACUUCUUGUCCCCUCCCCCUCCGAUGCUGCUACCGUACGCCGGCUGCUACCGUAACGGGACCGUGGCCGCGCCUGCGAAUCGAUGCAAAUGCUGUGGGUUUCUGGUGGGAUACGCAGCGCAUGCGUCGAAUUUCACAGCCGAGACGUCGCUCGUCUACACGGUCAGCGCCGAGCUCGAGGAGUUGCGGGGGCAGCUGUGGAAUGGAAGCACGCGAACGUGUCGCGGGCUCGAUGCCGACGCGUUGCGGCCGCGCCACGCCACGCUCCGGGUCUAUGAGCGCUACCCGCGCUCCUCCACCGCCACCACCAACGUCAUCUACUCGAAGCUGGUCACCAUCAUUUGCCUCUACUUCUCGAUUUCUCUGCGCUCUCUUGCUCUC